AUGGGGGAUGCUCUAUGCGGCCCGUCCAACGCGCUGCAAAACUUCCAGAAGCAUGCGUCAGUGGAUCGGACUCUUCAACAAGACCGGCUAAUUACGCGACAAUCGCCGGCCCAGGGUUUCCGUUCGCAAAGUCCCCGAGAUGGGAUCCUGGACCCAGAAUUUGCUGCAUUCGAGGCCAGUAUCGAUGGCCCCGCCGCACCCGAUUUCCAACACCCUGCUCAGUUUGGAGCACCAGCUCAGUUGCCUGCUCACCAUCCGGGUAACGCCGACUGGGCGUCGGACUUUCAAAACUUGCAGAUUUCAGGGCCCUCACACCCUGUAUCUCAAUCGCCAGGACCGUCCAUGGCCCCAGUGGCCCAUGGAGGAUGGCAGAAGGAAUUCCUGAGCCAUCAACCUGCCCCCGCGCAUCACGUUCAAGCGGCCCACCCUACAAUGAACCGCGGAUUCCAACCAGCUUUUGCGCCCAACUACCCAAUGCAUUUCUCGAUGAACGCGAUGCAUACCCCACUUGAAUCGCGACCCGAGGCACAGGCGCCGAUGGAGCGGUUUGAUGAGUCGGCAUUCGAGGCAGCGUUUGAACAGGCACGAGCGGAUAUGGAGCUGCAGGGAGCCGAACAUGCAACACAAGAGGAGCUACAGCAAAGCUUUGACGAAAUAAACGAGUCCCACGCCACGGUCCGUGAGGAAAUUCGAAUUGGAUCGGACAACAUUCCCGCGACAGAUAAACAGAACGAGCAUGAACGGGGCCACGAUGCGGACGAACUCGCUCGCACGGCAGGGCAGCUUCUCAAUAGUGUCAGUAACAACCAAAGCCAGAAAUUCCAGCAAAGCAAUUUCCUCGCACUGAUGCGGCGAAUCCGAGACCGCGAGGUAGAGGUGGAAGGGGAAGAGUUUCGCGAAACAGCGCAGUCUCUUCAUCCCGGCGGGCGAUAUUACCCAGGCCAGCCGCAUUCACCCGACUCUGCCGUCCCAGCUAGCAGUAAGGAGCCUCGGCCCCAUGCCACGAGUCCCUCAACCAGUGAAGAACCGCAUAGAACCUGA